UAUAGAUAUUGGAAGAGAAAUACAAAUCUAGCAAUCAAUAUAUUUACCUGAGUUGUGUCAACUUUUUUUAUUGUACUGAGUUUGAAUAAAGUAAUAUGUGUUUCUAUAAAGAAUCGACUCACACUUGAAAUGAGAUUUAUAGAAUGGAUAGUUCAUAUAAUAACUGUUUAACUUCAUUAUGGAUACUCUUUAUACUGAGUUCAACCAAAUAUAGUAAAGCCGGCAGAUGCUCUUUUAAAGCGGGUACGUGUGAGUGGAGGAAUGUCCAAGAAAGAGAUCACUUUGACUGGAGCGUGGGAGAUUGUAGUCAUUUUAUAGACACGAACACGGACGAAAAUAAAACUGCUUCAGCAAAGACGACAACAACUACUACUACUACCACUACCACUUCCACAACUACUUCUACUGCUGAUGCAUCAUUUACGUCCAAAGUUACAUCAUGUGCGUCUUCAACAGAUUGUACAGCUAUAACGAAUUCGGACUGCAUCGAUGGUACGUGCCAGUGUACAGACUGGUUUCGAUAUGACCCGGGGUCGAACAUUUGCACAACAGUUUGUCCCUCUUUGUUUGGCAACACCUAUACCCGGCGAGCAGGCAAGAUCAUGUGGACGAAUAUCAUUAUCCUAGAUAUAAGCCCAACGACCCUGGAGAAUUGCUUCAAUCAGUGUAACGCUAGUCCCUCUUGUACUGGCGUUAAUUGGAGCGCGUCCACGCAACGAUGUAGGUUGAAACAGGAAGUUCCGUCCUCCUACUAUAUGGGGUCGUCCGCCUGGGAGUGGUACACCCGAAACUGUGAAUAAUAGGUUCACAGAACUUGUCACACGGAUGUAUCCAUGUGUUUGGUCAUCCAUAUAUUGCGCUAUUGUGUCGCACGCAUUUGGGGAAAAUUUUUAAUAUAGAUAUGAAAAUAAUUAUGUUACAAUGUUUUGCACGCUUGAUUUUUGUAUUUUUUUGUUGUAAAUGUAAUGAUCAUGACUUGACGGGAUGUUUUUCGGCUUUCGUUCAUGAACAACCAAUGACGAUUCGUUUGACUCUGCUGCUCAAAUGUACUGUGUCUUACAUGUUGAUUGGUCGUUACGGUCUAAUAUGGCCAAUGGAAGAAACUCAACUAAAGUACGUGUAUGAUAUCUCGGAAUAUUAUAAGUUACGGGAUUAGUAGGUGACCCGAUAUGGAAUAUACGGGGCAAAGGAAAUCAUAUAAGGUGAGAGCGAAGCUCGAACACGAAUAUGGUUUCCUACGUAUAUCCCAAAGCGGGUCACCUACUUAACCCGUAACGUAUAAAUCACGUCGGCAACCUGAUUACAUGUUUAAAUGUUUUAUUUAUACAUCGGAAUAUUCAUCGAAAUUGAAAAAGACGCCAUUAUGGUACGAUAUAAAAUUGGUGACCCUAUAUGAAAAAAUAUGGGAUCACCGUGUAACCAUUCCUGGACCGAUGGCGUUGUGUUUAUUUAUGUUGGAGGCGCGAUAUAUAGUAAUGCUAGUAAUUUGCUAGAAUUAUCUAAAGAAUAUUGUAGUCAAGAUCUAAACAUGUUUUAUGAGACUGUUUUGUAACUGAGUGUAAUAUUUUACUGAAAAAUGAUAUUUAACAGAGGCAAAUAAAGUAAUUAUGUCUU